CUCCAUAGAAGCUUAGCCACACAGAAGAAAUGGCAUGUUUGGGCGCCUUGCCUUCAGGCCUUGUUUGGUUUUGUCUGUCCACUAUCUUUCUCAAUCUACCAUUAGCUAUAAGUGAUGAAACUGAAAAUGAUCGGCAAGAUCUGCUUUGCUUCAAGUCCCAGAUCUCAGGUCCAGCUGGGGUACUAGCCUCAUGGAGUAAUGCAUCCCUGGAAUUCUGCAGUUGGCAUGGGGUCACCUGCAGCACACCAUCUCCCCGUCGUGUCACUGCAAUAGACUUGAAAUCAGAAGGCAUCUCUGGCUCCAUAUCACCUUGCAUUUCCAACCUUACCUCUCUUACAAGGCUGCAGCUAUCAAACAAUAGCUUCUAUGGCAGCAUACCAUCUGAGCUCGGCCUACUCAGCCAACUCAAGAACCUCAGCCUCAGCAUGAACUCUCUAGAAGGUAACAUCCCUUCUGAACUUUCUUCAUGUUCCCAACUUGCAGUCCUAGAUUUGUCAAACAAUUCCAUCCAAGGUGAAAUCCCAGCUAGCCUCAGCCAAUGCAAUCAUCUUGAAGAGAUUAACCUCAGCCAGAACAAGCUCCAGGGGGGGAUCCCUUCUGGUUUUGAGAACCUUCCGAGGCUGCAAAUAAUUGUUCUUGCUAGUAACAGGCUCACCGGCAGCAUACCAACGUCAUUAGGAAGUGAACUUUCGCUCACAUAUGUUGAUCUCGGGAGCAAUGUUCUCACAGGGAGCGUCCCAGAGUCGUUGGUGAAUAGUUCAUCUCUUCAAGUACUUGUCUUCAGGAAAAAAUUUCUUAGCGGAGAAAUCCCAAAGGCUUUGUUCAACUCCUCAUCUCUUACUGCUAUUUACCUCAACGAGAAUAGUUUUGUUGGCUCUAUACCACCUGUUACUGCCAUCUCUCUCCCUUUAAACUAUCUUUACUUAGGGGGUAACAAACUAUCUGGAACAAUACCUCCCUCUUUAGGAAAUCUUUCCUCCCUACUUGAUCUAAGUCUUACACGGAACAAUUUAAGAGGGAGCAUCCCAGAUAGUUUAGGUCAUAUUCCAAAACUAGGUCUGCUGAACUUGAAUGUGAACAACAUAUCUGGGCAUGUUCCACCGUCUAUCUUCAACUUGUCAACCCUGACAACAGCUUCCAUGGCAAGUAACUCACUCACUGGGGAAUUACCAUCAAACAUAGGUUACACACUCCCAAAUAUUGAAACAUUAAUUCUGUCCAGUAACACGUUCAAAGGCCCAAUCCCACCAACUCUUCUGAACACUUCCCACGUACGUUUCCUUGACUUGAGCAACAAUAGCCUUGUUGGGCUUGUUCCAUUCUUUGGAUCAUUGCCAAAUUUGGAGGAACUUACUUUGUCAUGGAACAAGCUAGAAGCAGCUGACUGGAACUUUAUUAAUUCACUAUCGAAUUGCUCCAAAUUGAUUGAACUAUGCAUUGAUGGGAACAAUCUCAAAGGUAAACUGCCACACUCCAUUGGCAAUCUUUCAAGUAGUCUCAUGAGGUUGUCCCUAAGAGACAACAAAAUUUCUGGGUAUAUACCACCAGAGAUAGGCAAACUAAAGAGCUUGCAGAUGUUCAAAAUGGAUUAUAAUCUGUUGACUGGUAAUGUACCCCCAACAAUCGGAGAUUUGCAUAACAUGGUUGUUCUAGCCUUAGCCCAAAACAAGCUAUCAGGUCAAAUCCCUGAUACAAUUGGCAACCUUGUUAAGCUAACUGACCAGAAGUUGGAUGGGAAUAACUUCAGUGGAGGCAUACCUGCGACCCUAGAGCAUUGUACUCACCUCAAUAUAUUCAACCUUGCCCAUAACUCACUAGAUGGGAGAAUACCAAAUCGAAUCUUCAAAAUUUCUUCACUUUCCCAAGAGUUGGACCUAUCACACAAUAACUUGGUUGGAGGAUUACCAGAGGAAGUUGGAAAUCUCAUUAAUCUUAAAAAGCUCAGCAUCGCAAACAACAAAUUGUCUGGUAACAUUCCAUCCACUCUCGGUAAGUGCGUUGUUCUGGAGUCUCUUGAGAUGCAAAGCAACUUAUUUGUAGGAAGCAUACCAAAUUCUUUUGAGAACAUGGUAGGCAUCCAGAAGAUGGAUAUUUCACAGAACAACUUGUCUGGGAAAAUACCAGAUUUUCUGGGAAACUUCAGCUUACUAUAUGAUCUGAAUUUAUCGUUUAACAAUUUUGAUGGAGAAGUUCCAGGAGGCAAUAUAUUUCGUAAUGCUAGUGUGGUAUCAAUGGAAGGGAAUAGUGGCUUGUGUGCAAGAACAUCAAUAAAAGGUAUACCUCUUUGCUCAACACAGGUUCACAGGAAAAGGAGACACAAGUCUUUGGUUCUUGUCCUCGUCAUAGCAAUACCAAUUAUUUCUGUUGCUAUCAUUUAUUUAUAUCUUUGGAGGAAGAUAAAACAGGUGAAGCUAAAUUUGCCACAAUGUAAUGAUAACUUGUUGAAGAAUAUAACAUAUGAAGACAUUGCCAAGGUCACAAAUAUGUUUUCUUCAGAUAACUUAAUUGGCUCGGGAUCAUUUGCAACGGUUUAUAAGGGUAAACUAGAGCUUCAGGAAGAGGAAGUUGCCAUCAAGAUUUUUAACCUUGGUACAUAUGGAGCACAUAAGAGCUUCAUGGCAGAGUGUGAAACACUAAGAAAUGUCCGUCAUCGAAAUCUUGUGAAAAUCAUGACUUUAUGUUCAUCAGUGGAUGCCACUGGAGCAGAUUUCAAGGCGCUGGUGUACCAAUACAUGCGAAAUGGGAACCUAGAUACAUGGCUACAUCGAAAGGCCCAUGAACUUAGUCAAAGGAAGGUUUUAACUAGUACUCAAAGAGUUAAUAUAGCCAUGGAUAUAGCAUUUGCUUUAGAUUAUCUUCAUAACCAAUGCGCAUCUCCACUAAUACAUUGUGACUUGAAGCCAAGCAACAUUCUUUUGGAUCUUGAAAUGGUUGCACAUGUCAGCGACUUUGGCCUAGCAAGAUUUGUAUAUAAUAGAUUGACUGCGCAUGAAGAUACUACAACAAGUUUGGCUUGCCUAAAAGGAUCAGUCGGAUACAUUCCACCAGAGUACGGCAUGAGCAAAGAUACCUCAACCAAGGGCAACGUCUACAGUUUUGGAGUUCUUUUAUUAGAAAUUAUAACUGGGAGCAGCCCAACUGAUGAAAAGUUCAAUGGCAGUACAACCCUGUAUGAAUUUGUUGAUGGAGCAUUUCCCAAUAAUAUCUACAAGGUAAUUGAUCCAACAGUGCUACAAGACGACCUCAAUGCGACCGAUGUGAUGGAGAAUUGUAUCAUUCCAUUGGUCAGAAUAGGCCUAUCGUGUUCUAUGUCACUGCCCAACGAACGGCCUGAAAUGGGACUAGUUGCUACAAUGAUUCUUGAUAUCAAGCACGCAGCCUCAUGCAGUCAUCUUAGAUUGAAAUAAGAUUUAGCAGGUUCUGUUUCAUGUAUAGAAAAAUAUAAUGUACCAAUAUAACAUCCUGUGGGAUAUGUGUUUAUGGAUGCAGUAUGGUUAGUGACAUUAUUGGAAGCUUGCGCAGGUAUGCCUAUGUUUUGAACUACCAGACUAUCUAUUCAAUACUUCAUAACUGAUUGCCAUUUUCCUCCAAUAGAAUAGCUUUGUUGGUUA